AUGGAAAUUGAAGAUUUGGAAGAGGAAAUAAGUUCCGUAGAGAUCAUAAAUAUAAAAUCAGAUUCAACUAGCUUCAUAUUAGUGAGUACUUCUCUUUGGACAUUCGGCUAUUUUGUUAUAAGAAGACUGCUUUCAACUAAACCAGCCGAAUAUAGUUCGAGGGUAAUAAGUUUCAUACAUGGACUUGUUGGCAGUAUUGUUGGGUUAAGCCAAUGCUUUCUCAAUGAAAACCCAUUCGAGCAUCCUAGUUGGAUUACAAACGACACUCAAAAAUUACUCCUGAUCUUCAGCUUAGGAUAUUUUAUUUUCGACUUGACCUGGUGUUCUUAUUAUAAAACGGAGACUGGUCUGAUGAUUUUGCAUCAUAUUUAUUCCAUUUACACUUUAAAAGGUCUACUGGCAAAGGAAUACUCAGGUGCCCAAGCUUGCUGUUGUAUAGGAUGUAUGGAACUCACCAACCCUUUUUUACAAAUCAGAUGGUUCUUACGAUCGGAUGGAUACCACAAAACUAUAAUAUUUCUUCUUACUGAAGUAUUUUUUUUCAUUUUAUUCCUUAUUAUGAGGCUUGUUAUUGGUUCUUAUAUAUUAUUCACAGUUUUUUCUGAGAAAAAUGACGCUGAUUUUAAAAUAGCUACAGCCUUACUUUAUUUCAUAUCUCUGAUGUUCCUGAUUCAAAUGCUCAAAUAUGCAAGUCUGAAAUAUUUCUCAAUAUCACAGUUGGGCAGAUUGCCGAUUGAAUUGCCAGCUCAAGAGUUAACUUGACACAAAAUUGAAUAUGUUCGUUAUUGAUAUUAUCCACUUAUAGAAUAAUAAUGAUUCUGAAUAAAAAUCAUAU